AUUGUAUAGCUCUAAAGCAAGCUGAUUAAUAAUAGCAUGGAAAAGACUGACCAGGACAAUCCCAGCACGCACACAACGUCAUAAGACGCUAAUAUUAAUUAGAUUAGAUUUAGGUUGUGACGUCAGGUAACCAAAAUUCAAUGUUUAGCCAGCUUUUAAGGACGACAAUAUUUUGAAGUCCAAUAACGACAUCAUAUGACAUAUAAAUGUUGUUGAUUUAAGUUGUGUUGUAAAGUAACCGAAAUCCAACAUCUCAUAGACAUCAUAGUGGUAAUGUCCAAACCCCGUUAAGCUGUAACACCAUUAGAUGCUUAUAUUUGGUUGACUUUAGGUUGGACAUCGAUGUAGGCCUGAAGUUGGGUUCUGACAUAAACCCGAUCUUGAUUUUUAAACAAAAUGGCGCCCCCACAGCUUUAAGGUAGGCUACAAUGUCAAUCUGACAUCAUGUUGACAUCCUGUGCCUACUGAGAUUUUUAGAAUUUCCUUUUGAUGACACGAUGAUUGUUAAGUAAUUUAACUUAAUCUUUGAUAACUAUGUGUAAUCAUAGCCAUAUGUGCAUUAGGUAUUGUGCGGUAGGUAAUGUGCAUUAGGCACUAUACUUUUUAUGUUGUACAUUAUUAAGGUGUCUAUUUCCCUCAUUUGAUGUAUCUUUUAACACAUUAUAUUAAAGAAUAAAUUAUCAUUAUUAUUAUUAUUUCUAAUUAGCCCACACAUAUGGUCCACGUGAGGAUGACACGCAAGUUACACUUUCAAAGUGAAAUUAUUAUUAGUCAGCCUUCACUUUUUGAUCUGCACGCCUAUGUGGUUUUAAAUCAGCUCUGUAGGAAAUGACGCGUUCCUCCGUCUAUGUUCUCAAAAAUCACACAUCCACUCCCAAAUUCUAGAUUGAGCCCCCAAUAAACGCUAAUGUUUCGCGCGCGCGUGUGGUAGUGUGUGCUUGAGAAAGAGAGAGAGAGUGAGAGAGCAGUCGCUGCGGUUUGAUCCUGUUCAUCCUUCACACCAGCAGCAGCAGCAGCAUCAACUCGGACUUUAUAGACUCUCCAUCCCACAGCCUGGAAUAUCAAACCGAGAAACAUGAGAUCGGACAUUAUGUGGAUGUAUCAAGCUCUUCUCUUUGUCGUACUGACCGUGAAUGUGGAUUGCAGAAAACAGACAUUGCAGAGGUAUCAGAAAAGUGAAAACAGCCGACUGCUUUGUACAGACUGUCCAGAAUCCCCUCGAAUUAGGAACCUGUCGCUGGAGGAAUGCGCACGCAAAUGUAGCAAGAGCAAGAAGUCCUGCAGGGCAUUCUACUUUGACCACAUAAACAGGAAAUGUCACUUUCUUCCUUUUGACCGUUUCUCCGAAGGCGCGAAGAGAGAGCGAAAACCCAGUUGUGACCUUUACGAGAAGAAAGACUAUGUGAGGGAGUGCAUCAUUGGGUCAGGUGUCAACUACAAGGGGAGAAGGUCAUUCACAAAGACUGGAAUUACGUGCCAAUCCUGGAAUAUGUCCGUCCCACAUGAGCACAAUUUUAAGCCUACCAGACACAAAAAGUCUGACCUACGUCAGAACUUUUGCCGAAAUCCAGACAAUGAUCCAAAUGGGCCCUGGUGCUUCACUGAACUCACUGAGACCCGGCACCAGGAUUGUGGACUGCCUCAGUGUUCAGAUGUGGAGUGUAUGAAAUGUAAUGGGGAAACCUACAGAGGGCCCAUGGAUCAUACAGAGAGUGGGAAAGAGUGCCAGAGAUGGGACUCGCAGAAACCUCAUAAACACACCUACCAGCCUCACAGGCAUGUAGGUAAAGGUCUGGAUGACAACUUCUGCCGCAAUCCCAAUAAUGAUGUUCGUCCGUGGUGUUACACGAUGGACAAAAACACCCCUUGGGAGUACUGUAACAUCAGUGUGUGUGACUCAGAUAGCGAUGUGGAAGUGGAGGUGACCAGCUCUUGUUUUCGGGGUCAAGGAGAGGGCUACAGGGGUACAGUCAACGUGACCCCUGCAGGUGUGACCUGUCAACGCUGGGACGCUCUCUCUCCUCACAUCCAUUCAUACACUCCGCACAACUAUAAAUGCAAGGAUCUGAGGGAGAACUAUUGCAGAAAUCCUGAUGGCUCUGAAAUUCCCUGGUGUUUCACCACAGACGCAAAAGUGCGCAAAGCUUUCUGUACCAACAUUCCCAGAUGCGAAUCAGAGAGCUCUGACAGCACAGAAUGUUAUGAAGACAACGGAGAGAGUUAUCGUGGCAAUUUGUCGAAAACGAGAUCUGGUAUUCCUUGCGGACUCUGGUCUGACCACACAUUCAGGAGAGACACCCGGUCAGCGAAGGCCAGCGCGGGUUUAGAGUUGAACUUGUGCAGGAAUCCAGACAGAGAUAAGCACGGGCCGUGGUGCUACACGUCCAACUCCUCCAUUCCCUGGGACUACUGCGGACUGGAGCGCUGUAAAUCAAUGUCAUCGGAUGACCAUCAAAUGAGUGGAGGACCAAAACCAUCUUGCUUUAUACAUAAAACCACACGGAUUGUUGGGGGAAUGCGAGUGCAGCGGGCAGAGGAUGGAAGUUGGGUGGUCAGCAUUCAGAAAGGGAACAGACACUGGUGCGGUGGCUCUCUCAUCAGAGAAGAAUGGGUUCUCACUGAUCAACAGUGCUUCUCCACCUGCGUUCCUGACCUCUCCGAGUACACCGUGCAGGUGGGGCUUCUUCAUCUCAAUGCAUCCGCCGGCACGCAGGCUCUCCGAAUCGCACAUGUGGUCUGCGGGCCCGAGGGAUCCAACUUGGCCCUGCUCAAACUCACAACGCCUGCCCCUCUCUCUGAGCAUGUGCGAACUGUUCAGCUUCCGGUCGCUGGCUGUGCUGUUGCAGAAGGCACUCUGUGUCUCAUGUAUGGAUGGGGAGACACUAAAGGCACAGGACACGAGGGCAGUCUGAAGAUGGUGGGACUUCCAAUUGUCAGCAACAAGAGGUGUUCACAAAGCCACAAUGGCAUCCUGCCCAUCACCGAGACCAAAAUCUGUGCUGGAGGCAAGAGAGAUCAGGGCGUUUGUGAGAAAGACUACGGUGGCCCUUUGGUGUGCCAGGAAGGAGAGAGCAAAGUGAUAGUUGGCGUCAGCAUCAACGGCCGUGGUUGUGCAGUAGCGAGACGUCCUGCUGUCUUCGUCAACGUGGCCUUCUACUCUGAAUGGAUCCGCAAGGUCUUCAAGUACUAUUCAGACAUGGAAAUAAGUUACUAGAUCUCCAUAUGUGGUAAAUAAGACUAAAUGGUUUAGCAUCUACAUCGUGAAGGACGAUUAGCAUUCAAACAUUUUGGAGGCUAAAGUUUGCUUUGGUGUAUAGAUGUUGCAUAAUAACCACUGGUACAGAAAAGGUGCAAGAUUAUCGAUGUGUUUGUGAACAAAUGAAGGAAAUGACAACAUCGGAACUUUUUUUAGGAGAUUGUUGUGGCUGGUGAGAAAUCAAGGACAGAUGAUGAAUGAACUGUGGCGUUCAUCCAUGUGAAAGCAGAUGUUGUUCUUAAUGUCAUUCCCUGGAAUUACUUGAAGACGACAUUUUCGGUUUUUGUUUUUUGCAGCUUGCUGAAUUUUACAGUGCUUUUAAGGACUAGAUUCAGUAUUACUGUUUCCAAAACACCUUUUUUAACAUUGGUUACUAAAGAAAUCAGAUUGCAAACCGCAAUAUGCGCUGCCGUUGGUUUAUAAACGCCUAUCUGGGGCAUUAUCAGACACUUCCAGAAUGUUUCGGUGAUGGUCUAACGUUUCGCACCUUGCCUUACUCCAGUUUGGAGAGAUUUUGUGGCUCCUUUGGGGCUGUUUUCUUUUUUUAUGUACUGCACUCUAAAGAGUGUGCUAAAAUGUCACUCUGUAGGUCUUAUAGAUCUGAAAUUACAAACAUUUGGAGGUCUUUUCUUUCACAUGGUGUAAUUUAUAUAUAUAUCUGUCGAAAUUUUAUACGCGGUAUUUAUUUAUACCUUUUAUAGAUGGACCCGAGCCGUGGCAUUUCAUCCUCCAGUAGUGUUUAUUGUGUUUAAUCUGGCGUGCAGAUUUGAAUCAUAACAUUUGUAAACAAAACAAACGGAUGAUAUGUCUUUGAAGGAAAAUAUUGGGUCAUAACAGAGCGCUUCGACUCAAAGACGACUCCCUGAAGGUUUAAAAGCCACACAUGCGGAGGGUCUUUUAAGAACAAGUUUAGCCAUGAGUGCAAAGAUACUUCAUCAAACUGCAGUACUGAAUAGAGUAACGCACAGGCAGGGUUUUUACAAGGUUUUUACAAGUACAAGAAUGUAUUUUGAUUUAAAUGUUGUGUUCGCUGUGUGUAUACAGAAAAGUGCCUGUUUUUGUGGCGUUUUAUUGAUUUUCGCAGUUAAUGUAAUUCCUCUUUGCGCUGCUGCCCUCAUUGGUCGUUUUAUUGAAUAUCUAGGCUGCUGUUAUUUUUGACAUUAUUUUUAGGACUGUUUUGUAUUUUCAACUUUUAAAAAUGUAUGUAAAUACAUCUGUGACAUUUUGUUUUUUUU